AUGAGCCAACAACAACGCCUCACUUCCCAACACGCCAUUCAAUCAUACUACAGUACAGAGGCUUCACCGUACGACCCUACUCAAUUUCAAAAUGAUGAUGCCAAUCUUACGGAAAUGACUCAGGAAGAGACUAAAUCUAAGCAAUCAAAAGUGAAGGAAUCUAUCUUGUUGUACGUGGCUACGGUGGUCAUGGUGUUGGCAAGAAGCGUUGAUUUUGUCUUGUAUGUGAGAAUGACGAAAAAGAUGAGAAAUUAUGAAUACAUGUUGGCCGAUGUUUUUCUGAGUUUAGGUUUUUGUUUUGUUUCAUGGCCUGUCACUUGGUUCAAAAUGUUCAGAGGAACCAUCACUAAGGAAAUGCGUGCAUUCCCAUCUUACAAAUUCAUUGUCAUGGGUAUUAUGGACAGUUUAAACGUUUUAAUUUCCACCAUUCCUUCUGCUCUUGUGAGUGGACCUGUCAACGUCUUGAUGAGUCAAAGUGUCGUUUUCAUUAACAUGGUAGCCAGUUUUGUCUUUUUACAUUUCCGUUACAAUGUCUAUCACAUUGGAGGAGUUAUUCUCGUCAUGAUUGGUAUUACUAUUGACAUUUUCCCAUUGUUUGCCAAUACCUCAGGAGGAGACGAUCCAAAUGCUUGGUUGUGGAUUUUGCUCUUGUUUGUGAGCAACAUUCCUGCUGCUGCAUCAAAUGUCUAUAAGGAAAAGUAUUUGAAAGAGGCCAACUUGGACGUUUUCUAUUUGAACUCUUGGGUUGCUCUUUAUCAAUUUAUUUUUGGUCUCAUGUCCGUCUUUACUGUUUUCAUCCCUCUUCCUGAUAGUCCAUAUGUUGACCCAGCCAAUCUCUAUGAAUACAUGUGGAGUGGUAUUAAGUGCUUCUUUGGAUUUAACUCGGUGCUCUCUGAUCAAUGCGACUUUUUCUGGCUCGUAUUCAUGGUAUUCAUUUGCUUUAACAUGACCUAUAACAUUUUAUUAUUGGUUGUUUUCAAGAGAGGCAGUUCCACUCUUGCGGUAGUUGCAUCAGUGGCUCGUUUGGCUCUUUCGAACUUUGGAUUUUUAAUCAAAUUCUUAGCUGGUGAAGCUUAUCUUGAAGCAUUGAGUCCAUUCGAUAUUAUUGCCUUGGUCAUUUUGAUUUUGGGUAUUAUUAUUUAUUCACUUACAAGUGAAAAGAUUGCUGACAAGCAUGACCCAAUUAGAAAGGUCUAUGCCAAGAUCUUCUCCAUCUUCCCUCGUUUCAACAGAAAGAAGGACCAACGAGACUACAACGACGAGGAGAAUCUUUAUCAUGACCAAUAA